AUGGAUUGGAUAGUGAAGAUAACAGGAGUUAUUGCCUCGUUGCUAAGCUCUCAUGUUCUCGAGAGUUGUUUAUCUGGUAGUCCUAUGGGUAGUAGCCAUCAUCGAUCCGCCAGUGAUAGCCUAUCCAAACCCCGGCCGCCUAUAAGUUAUUUGAUGAAAUGCCUAACAAGAUCACCAUUUGAACUUGUGCAUGGAAUGCUAUCACAGAUGGACCCCGUAUUGGUGAGUUAUUGUGAAAAAACAACAGAAAACAGGGGCCCACUCACUCUGCCUGAAAAAAUUGGUAGAUCUGUUCAUGUUGCUCAGAUGGAAACAACCAUGACAAGGGCAAGUUCUCUUCUAAGGAAUGUCCAACCAGAAGUCAAUGUGGAUCAGAGCUAUGAAAUCAUAGCUUAA